AGCUGGUGUGUUUCUACUGAAGUGAAUCAUCUAUCUUUAAUAAUGCAGUCAGCAGAAGAGGGACACGUCACCCCGGAGGAUCUACAACAUGAAGGAUUCCAGAUUAAAAUAAUAAAAAUGGAAGAAGAUGAGGACGAUGAUUUCUUCUGUGAAGGAUCUUUAAUCCCUGUGGAACAAGUCAUGGAACUCUUCUCCUCAGUGGACCAACAGUGUGGAGGUUUCCAGAUGAAGCCUGUGAAAAAGGAAGAAACUGAAGAUACAAAUGAACUCAAACUGAACAAGGAUUCCUCCUGCUCCUCGUGUCCACGUUCCUCUACAACCCAAAAUCACCUCCACAAUCACAUCAAGAGCUGCAGUGAUAAUAAAUAUGAGACUCUGGUGAAGAUUAAGACUGAACAUGAGGAUCUGACGCCCACCAGAAGCUCCAGUAAUCAGCAAACGUCCUCUGGUACUGUCAGCAUUAACACCUCUCUCAGUCCCACACAGGAAGAAGGAAACGUUUGCUCACAGUGUGGGAAGAGCUUCAGGUUCCAGCGUGCUCUCAAAAUCCACCAGCGCAUUCACACUGGAGAGAAACCGUAUCAGUGCUCACAGUGUGGGAAGAGUUUUAAUCAACAGAGUAAUCUCAACAAACACCAGCUCAUUCACACUGGAGAGAAACCGUAUCAGUGCCCACUUUGUGGGAAGGGUUUUAAUCAACAGAGUCUUCUUAAAAUGCACCAGCGCAUUCACACUGGAGAAAAACCGUAUCAGUGCUCACAGUGUGGGAAGAGUUUUAAUACACAGAGUAAUCUCAACAAACACCAGCGCAUUCACACUGGCGAGAAACCGUAUCAGUGCUCACAGUGUGGAAAGAGCUUCAAUCAACAGAGUCAUCUCAAAACCCACCAGCACAUUCACACUGGAGAAAAACCGUAUCAGUGCUCACAGUGUGGGAAGAGUUUUAAUACACAGAGUUAUCUCAACAAACACCAGCGCAUUCACACUGGAGAGAAACCAUAUCAAUGUGCACACUGUGGAAAGAGUUUUAAUAGACCGAGUUAUCUUAAAGAACACCAGCGCAUUCACACUGGAGAGAAACCAUAUCAGUGCUUACAGUGUCGGAAGAGUUUUAAUACACAGAGUUAUCUCAAAAUCCACCAGCGCAUUCACACUGGAGAGAAACCGUAUCAGUGCUCACAGUGUGAAAAGAGUUUUAAUCAACAGAGUGAUCUCAAAAAACACCAGCGCAUUCACACUGGAGAGAAACCAUAUCAGUGCUCACAUUGUGGGAAGAGUUUUAAUCAACAGAGUUAUCUCAAAACCCACCAGCGCAUUCACACUGAGGAGAAACCGUUUCAGUGCUCACAGUGUGGGAGAAGUUUUAAUACACAGAGUAGUCUCAAAACCCACCAGCGCAUUCACACUGUAGAGAAACCGUAUCAGUGCUCACAGUGUGGGAAGAGUUUUGCUCAUUUAACAACAAUUAAGAAACACAAGUGUGACACAUUCAAUUGUACCAAAUAAACUAACAGUUUGAUUUUUAAUACCACAUUCCCAAAGUAAUCACCAAGUGUUCCUGUUAAUGUAGCAGCAGCUGUAAUGUUUACCUGUUGUAAUGUGAACCUGUUUCUUUUUAUUUUAAUAAAUGAACCCACAGUCUCUGCACUUGGGUGGUACAGUGGCUUAGCAGGGUUUCCUCACACCUCCCAAAAACAUACCAGUAUGUGGACUGACUGAUAUAAAUCCUUCUUGUGAGUGAGUGAAAGUUUUCCUUUAAAAUUCUACAUGUAAAAAUUCCUUUUCUUAGCAGCGGUGCUCUUUCAGAUUUCUGAAAUCAAACUGAAGUAAGUUGAAGUGAGGGAGUUGGAGGUGGCAGAGAUGAAGAUGCUACAACUCUCAGAAUGACAAGGAUGGACACUGGGUGUGUAAGCACGGAGGUGAAUUCUCGUGGUAAAUUAAAAGAUCCGCAUCUGAAAAUAACAAACUCCAGCAGCUUAGAACGUUCAAAUACAGUAACAAGCACUGAGUUCCUGCACCAUUCUGUUUUAAACAUUUACACCCAGUGUUUUACCAGACUGAGCUGAACAGAUCCACCGAAAACCUGAGCAGGAUGAGUGAUUAUUUUACCAGGUAGUGAUUGUUAUACUGAUGGUUAAGCUGGUUCACCAGUUAGCAUCAUGAUCUUCUCUAGGCUGAAUUUUUCAUCAGGGUUUAAACUACAGAGCUUGUUACAGGAUGAACCACAGCAUAUAACACAGUAAAAUAUGUGAUUAUUUCUGAUUAAAUAUAGUAAAUAAUAAUUAUAAGAGGUCCUUGAUCAGUCUUAAUAAAGCUGAAUGAAUAAAUGAUGUGGUUAUCUGUACUUACACUGCAGUCCAGUAGGGGCGCUAAUAAACCUGAACAUUGUAAAUC